UCAGGGCCUCUCUAUGAGUGGGCAUACACGGUGAGAUUGUGAAGAUUGUAACAUCGCGCCGGUCAGGGUGAUGGGCUAGGCCGAUGCUUGAUGGCUCGCACGGACCUCUCGACUUUGCGAUGCUGUAACUAAACAGCUGAUUGGUGGGCUGGUGCAUGAAAGGAGUCGUAGGGACUGGAAAGGCGAAUGAAGAAGCCUGCUUGAGGCGUCUGAGAGCGGCUGUAUCCUGUGAUCGGUUGCGUAAGAAGAGGAACAAGCGCGAGAUUCGCAAUCGCUUCGCGGCAACCCCACGUUAACGGUUGUUGCGCCUCAGAUCGACGUCCAGCUCACCAGUGUCAUCUGAACUGGCACCUUCCCGGCAGGGCAACGGUAGUUGACGGCGCCGGCGAUAUGGGGACGGAGCCAUCCGCGUGAGCUCAGGCAUUCUCUUGGUGUGACGGAGUCGAGGAUGGACGUUGGCAGUGGGGUCCUGUUCGAACUCAAGGACAAACAACUGCCCCACUAUGCGGUCCGAUAGUUGCUUCACGUUGGGCGGGAGGGCAUGAAGCCGGUGGCAAGAUCGAAGACGUCACUGAAUGAAUCACUGUAGUGUAUCAUGGAACUUGUUUCUGCUCGAACCUGGCAAAAAUUGGCCACUGUCAUGCGUCCAAAAAUGGAAGUUCUUGAAGUUGAAUGACACUCCAUGGCAGGCAGCAUGGAAGUGAGGGGUAAGGUGAAUUGCGGGACGUUACUAGCGGCGUUUGUAAAAGGAACUCAACUCAACACCACCACCAGCAAAAUAACCUACUUCUUGAGCUCUGGCCGCCGCCGCUAAUCAUGAGAAAUCAGUUCUCUUGCUCGUUAUUUCCACGUGGCGGGUUCGAUCUUCGUUUGCGGCAUGUUCUAGUCAUGAUCCAGGCCUUCUUCCUGCUUGGCUUUCAACGGCCGUCAGAGAAGCAGAGAACCUCAUCUUCGAAUCCGCCCGGCCCAGAAACGCCGCCUUUGCAACAGCAGGACAAGCCGCUAACUUGUCAAUGCGCUUCAUGACUCCAGCCAUAUUCAGGAUGGUCGAGAACAGACCCUGGAAGACCACGUGCCUCAAGACAGACACAGCUAAACCUUGUGGACCACACAUUCUUGACCAUAUUGACAAAGGGGACUGACACAUGUGCGUUGCAUGCAAAUACCUAUCUACAUACACGUCAACAACCCAUCUCUUCCCUCGUUGGCAACGCGUAGACAUCACGAGUACUCAUCUUCGACAUACAAGCGAGCUGUCCACACAACACCUUCAGUAGGAUAUAUUCUCUCGACACUUUCUCUAGCUUAAUGAUCAAUUCCUCCUCUCAGCCUCGACAUCACGCAGCAUGUAGCUGGGCUUGGCGGUUCGUCUGAUCUUUAGAGUCGCAAUACUCCGACUGCAAUGCAAGAUAGUGAUGGUAUUUCCAACUUUGCUGGGCAUCGCAGCGUGGGGGGCGGCACUGUUAGUGAGAGGCAGAUGAAGAAAGGGGCCGAGCUCGGUCUCGACAAUCCACAGAAUGGUGCUCCGAUGCUCGCGGGGCUGGAUGCUGUUGCUCCAAAGCAAGCCACCGAGUCUACGCGCGAUGAAGCGCACCCCAGACCAACAGUCAGACUCGGCAGAAACGAAACAAGUACCCAAGCUUUUCGGAUGCGGGGCAACGAGGUUGAGAAACACUGUUUCAUCCAGGAUGUGCUAGAGACUGGGGCUGUCAUUGGUCAAGUGGCCAGAGUAGCUCAACUACCACCACCCACCUUCUCUCGUCCUGAUAUCCUAUUCAUGAAUAGCCUCAUAGGCUUGAACGGCGCCAUUGACGAGGCAAAGCAAAACCCAGGUAGCUUUGCACGGGAUCAACGCGGUUUGAUAUCAUUCCCUUGGUCUAGUCCGAGCCUUCGUCUCAAUCAAGGACGGGAAGGGAGCACUUUGCGGGAAAUGGAUGCCCUCUUCAGUCGGUCUUCGGGCUGGGAAAAGAGCAAGAGGUGCAAUCUUUGA